AUGAGGGUAUCUCCUUCUGAUCAGUAUCAUCUCCAAGUAUCACCAUUUCAAAUCACAAGGAGGAAAAAGAGUACACCGUUUCCUUUCGUUAUCAUCAUUGCAAUCUGCCUGGGUACCAGCAGUCUUCUACUCCAGCAUGUCCAAGCUACCAACGAUGCGGGUCUCCAAUGGCUGGCCAAGCAACGCGAGGACAAGCACACGGUGGAAACUCCCUCUGGUCUGAUGUACAAGCGCAAAAUCAAAAAGCCAAGAGGCACACAUCAUCCCUCCUUUGAUGCUUACUGCAAGAUCCAACUGGAAAUUUCCCGCGUCUUGGAUCACAACGGUACCACAGAACUGGUGGAGAGCACCACUGCCGAAGGAGGAGGACAACCCAUUACACUGCGACCAGAAGAUUCUUCCCUUCCUGUCAUUCGAGAAGCCUUGCAAUCCAUGGUAGAAGGAGAUUGGUGGGAAUUGUAUGUACCCAGUCACUUGGGAUACCAACACGGUGAUAACAAGAACAACAAGAACAAAGCAACAACAACAAACCACGACGACAAUAACGAUGCAGCAGCAUUACUCGUGGAAUUGGAAUUGCAAGAGAUUUCUCAUGGCGAUCUCUUGCCUGCUGGAGAAGUACACCGGUGUUUCUUCCAGAUCCAAUGGAAUGCUGCCGAGAGAAUCUAUUUCUUUCAACCCAAUUCCGAAUGCGACGAACGCGAUCAAACGUACAUUCAAAAAGUCUCCCGUUGGGAUAGUCGUUCCAGCAAAGCCGAUGCCGAAACGGCUCGAUUGAGGAACAUGCUGGCAAAGGAAAAUGUCAAGCAGGAAUUGGGCUUUUGGAUGCGACGCAGGAUGCACAUUCUCAAGCAAUUCCUAAAGGAAGAAAUGAGGAUAUGUACCCUGAUCCAGGACGGAGCCUACAUGGAAGACUGCAAUGCUCAAGAGCAAGAAUAUGUCAAAAAGGUCGAUGCGUGGGAAGACACCAAAGUGGCAGAGGAAAUCGAACGACUUGUUCAUAUGGAUCAGACGACCACGACAAGUCUGGAACCAACACUGGCCUCGUGGGUACGGCGUCGCAUACGGAUUCUCAAUCAAAUGCAAUCGGUAAAGAGUAAACGCCAUUCCGUGGACAACAACAACAACAACAGCGACAACAACACGGCUGAUGACACUGGCAACCAAGAAACACAUCAUCAACAUGAGGAGUUAUGA